AUGAGUUGGGCCGCCAGGUGGUGCGACCCGCGUUGCCAAGUUUCAUCAAUUGUGGUUGUAUGUGGAAGUGGUCUUGAUCCUCUCGACCCCUGUCUAGGUGUCUUUAUCGAGGCACAAUGUGGAUGUAAGUGGAGAGGAGAACUGUCACUUGCCAUCUCCAUGUUUCAUGAAUGUCUGGUGCCAAGGCAAGGCGGACACAUCCGAGGUGGUGGAUCUCAGACGCAACCACUCGACCUUCAGCAAGUGUGCUCUUGUAUCUGCAGUUGUGUCCGGGUGCACACACAAAGCGUAGCCUUCAUGGGAUGCGGUGGGAUAGUGGGCGAAGCUGUUGAUGACGACCGAUGCAAGUACUCGGACCCGUUGAGGUUGGAGCUCUGUACUCGCUACUCCAAAGAGGAGGAAGGAUGGAAGGCUUGUUUAAUUGGUGCAUUUUACCUCACGGACUCUCGGGUCCUCCUUAACAGUACUCCUUACAGCCUCACAGUUCUUCUACAAGUCAAAAAUUCGUCUUCUUCUGACUCCGCAUCCUCUUGUAUCAGUUGA